AAUGUGUCUUGGGUCUCUCCUGUCAGACGUGAUGGCCUGGAGGUGCAGUGGAAAGUCGAACAACGAGCUGAUACGCAAUCUGGCUCGACAGGGCAUUCUAACCUCAGAAAGGGUCACGGACGCCAUGGCCAAGGUCGACAGGGCCAACUAUGUCCUUCGGCCAGGCGAUGCAUACCAAGAUUCUCCGCAGUCCAUCGGGCACGGCGCCACCAUAUCUGCUCCUCACAUGCACGCUCACGCAUUGGAGAACUUGCUUCAAUACAUCCAACCUGGAGCCACCGUUCUCGACGUAGGCAGCGGUUCGGGAUAUCUGGCUGCCGUCCUGCAUCACCUCGUCUCCCCCUCGCCUUCUCCUGAUAACCCAAACCCGCCUCAGGGGAAAGUCAUUGGGAUAGAUCACAUCCCUGAACUUGUAGAACGGUCAAAGUACAACCUCGAGCGUGACGGGCUUGGCAACGCAUUGCAGGACGGCAGGAUUGAACUGAUCUUGGGAGAUGGAAGGCAGGGGUAUGUACCCGCCGCUCCGUAUGAUGCGAUCCACGUCGGAGCGGCUGCACCUAUUCUCCCUCAGGCACUCAUCGACCAACUUAAAGCCCCAGGAAAGAUGUUCAUCCCGGUCGGCGUCUACUCUCAGUCUAUUUGGGAAGUCGAGAAGACGGUCUCUGGGCACGUUAGGAAACACGAACUCAUGGGCGUCAUGUAUGUCCCACUCACCGAUCCGGACAGGCAGACAAACGGGGUGUAAGCUUGGAGGUCACCCUAAUCAAAGAUGUAUCACAUGGACCUCGCUGGCUUGUGUACACUAUUCCAACGUUGUUUAGCAUUCUCGACAGCGGACUAUUCUGUAUCUUUCCUGUAUCUUUCAGCUGAUAUCAUCUAUCGGUAGCUAUUACCUACUGUCAACCCGAGCAACCGGUGUAUCUCUGUUUAACUAGUGACCGUACAUGUAUGAGGCAAGUUAGGCAAGUUGAGACAACCUUCAAUGAAAUUACUGGGUAGAAUAAGUAUUUACUAGUGAUUGAUGUAUUGGUCAGCUCAUCUAAUAGUUUAGGAGUUGUUUAGGGAUACACGACU